AUGCAUCACCUUGAAUCUUGGAAGGCUGUUCAUCCAGAAAUCGCAUCGCGUCUACAAAGAGCCUUUUACGUGGAUGAUCUAGUUAUCGGCGCUUCAACCGAACCUGAAGCACUCCACAUUUACCAAACAGCCCGUGCUAUUGUGGCGGACGCCAGCAUGGAGCUGAGAAACUGGUGCUCCAGUUCCGAAACGUUGAACGAGCAAUUUCGUGCAGACGGUGUCUCACUCGACGACAUUGGUCAACCGUUGGUUAGAUGCAAGGUGCUUGGUCUUCCGUGGAACCGAUCUGCUGACACUAUCGUAAUGACCACCCAAAACGUGUCAUCUUACGUUGCUACGCAGCCAGCUACUAAGCGAGUUUUACUUCAGACCUUUGCGAGGCUGUUUGAUCCUCUUGGGCUUCUUGGACCGUUUCUCGUCUGCGCCAAACUUCUGUUCCAAGAGCUAUGGCGGCGCAAUUGCACAUGGGAAGAAGCUCUACCUGAGGACGUGCAUGAACAGUGGAAGACCUGGACGUCCGAGCUUAGCGAACUUUCAUCGUUCCAAGUCCCACGUUGUGUCAUAUCUCCUGCAACGCAAGGCGCAAAAGGACAGGAGCUUCACGUAUUUUGCGACGCAAGCCCAAUGGUGUACGGGGUUGCCGUUCAUGUGAGGUGCAAUCUGUCUGAGAACAGUUUCGCUUCACAGCUCCUCAUGAGUAAAGGUCGCAUAGCCCCGUUACGGCCCGUUUCGAUUCCAAGGCUGGAACUAUUGGCCUGCUUGUUGGCAGCCAGGUUAUGCCACUAUGUCAUACAACUUCCCGAGCUCUCACAGGCCGUGGUUCACCUUUGGACUGACUCUGCGGUCGCAUUGCACUGGAUAUGUGGUGACGCAGUCCGCCAGGAAGUAUUUGUACGAAACCGCUCGUCCGAGAUUCGCCGCCUAAUCAGAGGAUUCCACUGGCACCACUGCCGGAGCCAGGAUAAUCCAGCAGACUUACUUACCCGUGGCGAGCCAGCGUCUUUUGUUUCACGCAAGACAAUUUGGUGGGCCGGACCUGCGUGGUUGACCAAUCCUCAGGUCGAUUGGCCUACAGAUCUCUGCCCUAGUCAAAAGCACGAUGACUUGCGCACUCUGCCUGUCAGAGCUUAA